AUGGGAUUAUUAUUUUAUUUACUGGUCAUCAUUCAGUUUACUAAUGCAUUACACAACGCUCUACAUAAAGAACGAUAUAAAUAUAACAAGAAUUUCGAUCGUCUAACACAACCAGAUCACAGAAAACCACUGAAAAACCAAAGUAAUUUCUAUCAAAAAGUCAGUUACGUUAAUCAUAAUUCUGAAAGAUUGAAAAGAAAUUUCUUAGUUGGCAUUAAUUCACAUAGUUCAUCAUGCCAAUCUGGUUCACAAUCAUUUCAAUGUUCUCCACCGUUUAAAGAUAUAUCACGUGGAGUAUCGGUUUAUGCAACUUCAACAUGUGGUGAGCAUCGACCACAGAGUUUAUGUCGAUCUGACAAGAAUUGUCAAUUAUGCAAUGCUAAUUCUACUGAAUGGAAAUUUUCUUCGGAAUAUUUAACUGAUCGUCAUAAUAUUGAAAAUCAAACUUGUUGGGCAUCAGGAUUUAUUCAACCCGGUGAAGCGGUUAAUCUUACUAUAUCAUUGGGAAAACGUUUUGAAGUAUAUUAUAUAUCAUUGCAACCAUGUAGUAUAGGUAGUUUACCACAUUCAAUAGCAAUCUAUAAAUCAUCUGAUUUCGGUCGUACAUGGCGUCCAUGGCAUUAUUUCUCAACUGAUUGUUAUCGAGCUUUCGGACUACCUACCUCAAAUGAACAUAAUAGUCAUAUAACAUCUGCUAAUUUACAAGAGGUAUUAUGUGUUGCAUUACAACCACGUGAAAGUUAUUAUAGUCAUCAAGGUAGAAGAGUUCGUUCAAUGAACAGUUAUAUCUUUAAUAAACCAAAUAAUACUAGGAAUUUUGGAGGUAUAGGAGUGCCUUCAGAUUGGGUUAUUGCAUUUAGUACAACACUUGGUCGACCGGCAACACGUCCUUGGAGUCCAGCUCUAAUUGAUUGGAUGACUAUGACUGAUGUACGUAUAAGCUUAAUGAAUUUUCAUCAGUCAAACGAACCGGAAUAUCGUAUUAAGAGAAAUACCUAUCAAAGUCAACCACUACCUGAUCAUUCUAGACCAAAACAGCAUUCAAAUUACUUUUAUGAUAAUUUUCAUAAGCAUCAAUUAAAACGAAUACGAAGUUCCAGAGCUGAUCAGACUAUUACGGAUUUAUCUCAAAAUGAAAUAAAUCAAACUAAUAAGAUCAAUAGCCGAACUGAUAUAAAACUCAAUGCUAGAAAAUCUUUAAAUGUAACUGUCAACCCUGAGAUUCUAACAGACAUAGACUUUUAUGCAUUCGCUGAUAUAGCUAUUGGUGGACGGUGUAAAUGUAACGGGCAUGCAAGUGAAUGCAUAUUGGGUUCAAAUGGUAAACUAGUAUGUGCAUGUGAACAUCAUACAUCCGGUGAAGAUUGUGAAUAUUGUAAACCUGGUUAUAUGGAUAGACCAUGGGAUAGAGCUACACCUCAAGAUGCGAAUGUUUGUAAAAAAUGUGACUGUAAUCUUCAUUCAAAUGAAUGUCGAUUUUCAAAUUCACUUUAUUUACUAUCGAAUCGUGUCAGUGGUGGUGUUUGUGAAAAUUGUCAACAUAAUACAAUUGGUCGUAAUUGUCAUCAAUGCGCUGAAGGUUAUUAUCGAGAUUGGACUAAACCAAUAAGUCAUGAAAAUGUUUGUCUACCUUGUCGAUGUCAUCCGAUAGGAUCUAUUAUCCGUCACGACUGUGACCGAAGAAGUGGACAGUGUCGGUGUAAACAAGGUGUAGCUGGUUUAACAUGUGAUCGUUGUCAAGACGGGUAUCACCAAACUCGUUCACCUCUCAAUCCUUGUACGAAAGACUUCACAUCACGUGCUGUAGCUCUGGCUUAUACACCAGGUGAUAUAAAUUGUCCACCAUGUAGUACAAAUAAAGAAAGAAUUAAACUGAAGAAAUUCUGUCGUAAAGAUGCCGUUUUCGAAGCUUCAUUUAAAUCACGUGAACUUCAUGGAAAUAUGGCUCGUUUUGAAAUGCACGUCACUCAGAUUUGGAGAAUUAACAAAGAAUUCCUUAAAGGAAGUUCAAGUGUAUACUGGCCUGCUUCAAAAUCUUUUAUUGACUUUGAACAUUACAGUCAAGAUGAAUAUGAAGAAGAGAUUCAGAGAAAAUCAAAAGAAUUAGUUCCUGUAUGGGUUCGUCUUAAUGAAUUAAAAUGUAAAUGCCCAUUUAUAGAAUUGGGAAUCCCAUACCUGAUAGUAACAGACUUCGAGAGUUUCACAAAUAAAAUAAGAAAUGAACUAUUAUUUUCUACAAAAACUGCAAUUUUACCUUGGCGUUCAAGUUGGAAACGUAGACUGGUUCGAUUUCGCAGAAGAGAAAAUCGUGGAGCUUGUGAAAAGUUCCGUGAACCUACUAAACUUCUCAGUGUAUUUCGCCCUAAACAAACACUUGAAAUACCUACAAUUGAUCAUGAAUGGCAUUCUCCAGUCAAUCGUCGACUUACUUCAUCUCUACAUCAAAAGCCUUCAUAUUCUUUAUCUUUACGACCUUAUUCAAAAUAUAGACGUGACUACAGAGUAUCAUAGGAGAGUUAACAUUUCAUUCAAUCAUUUCAAUGACUCAUUUUGUAUAAAACACUUUCUCAUAUAUCUGUAUAAAUUUUAAGCGUAAAUAAUAAUGCACGUUGCAUGAAGUUUUUUAAUUUAACAAAGUGCUACACCUAUUUCAUACCCAUUACAU